GUGCCGGAUACUGCUCAGCUUGGGCUGGUUGCGGGAGCCGGGAGCGCGCGCGGGGCCGAAGGACUAUUCCUUUCAGUGAAAAAGAAUGCAGACAAUAAAGUGCGUGGUUGUUGGAGACGGUGCUGUGGGAAAGACCUGCCUGCUUAUCAGCUAUACCACCAAUGCUUUCCCUGAGGAAUACAUCCCCACGGUGUUUGACAACUACAGUGCUCAGAUGACAGUGGACGGCAGGAUGGUUAGCCUGAAUCUCUGGGACACUGCUGGACAAGAGGAGUAUGACCGGCUGCGCACCCUUUCCUACCCUCAGACCAACGUGUUUGUGAUCUGCUUUUCCAUUGGGAGCCCUUCUUCGUUUGCCAACGUGCGACACAAAUGGCACCCUGAAGUCUCUCACCACUGCCCUAAUGUACCAAUCCUUCUUGUCGGCACCAAGCGGGACUUGAGAAGCAACGUGGAGACAGUGAAAAAGCUGAAGGAGCAGAGCCUGGCUCCCACUACCCCACAGCAGGGGACUUCACUGGCUAAACAGAUCGGAGCAGUCAAAUACUUGGAGUGCUCUGCACUGAAUCAGGAGGGGGUGCGAGAAGUGUUUGCUGAAGCGGUGCGGGCAGUGUUGUAUCCUGUGACAAAGAAGAACUCAAAGAAGUGCCUUUUGUUGUAGUCACCAAGGACUGCAGCUCAGAGACUAAGGGCUUGGGAUGUUUGCGAGGCUCCCUUAUGAAUCUAAUUGCAUCUUGCACUAAUGGCUCUAAAGAGAAUUUCUCGCAGCAAGUACUCCUGCAGUUCAGGUACCAGGUCCAGCAAACUGAAAUGAGCAGUUUGAUUCCAAGGUUAAGGAUCAGCCUCCCCAUCAAAUGUCCAGUGCCUCUGCCUAUGUAGUUCUCAUUUCUACAGCUGGGAAACAUCUGCAUAGCCAAACAGCUUUUCCACGCCAGAAACUGAAGAUGUAGUCCUUCUUGACAGAGACAGUCAUCAGUUUUGCUUUUUUGUGUUGCUGCUUUUUCUGGGCUAUUAAUUGCCAGCCAGCUGUUUUGCGUAGACAGGGCUGUGCCUGAGUUAGUUUUUGUCACACUGUACUCAGAAACAACUUUGGAUUUUGAAGUAUCUCUGCUGUGGCAUAUGAGUCCUGGUAUGCUGAAGUCUGAUGAUGAUAUAGAAAACUUUAAUGUUAAAACCUUGUGUGAUAACAGCCAUCAGACACUGAAGGAUGAGCACCUCAUAGAGAGGGUUGUUAAUGUUGGAGCCAAGCAUUGUAUCUCUUUGUGGCAUUUGUUACAUCUUAGUGGGAUAGUUCUGAGAUCGGGAGUUCUUGUGUGUGAAUUUCCUUUUGGAGGCUGUCCCCAAGCCAUGUCAAUGAGUCAAGGCAUUCUGUGAAAAAUAUUCCUUACAGCCUUUUAGAUUAAGGUUUUUGUGGAGCAGAAUGACGUCUCCGUUCUUAGUUAUUGCAAGAUCGUACCUCUGCCCCAAUUCCUCUAGGAAGCAGCCCCCAUUGCAUCCCUGUUUGGUCACGAGUCUUCUCAGUGAAAGAAAAGACCAUGCUUGUCCCAUUGGAGACCUUGAGUGAUCAUACAUUUAAUAGUGCUGGAUGUUUACUGUACCCAGCUUCACAACAGGUGCUAUUAAAGUUUUAUGUCCUUUAGGUAUCUGUCUGCAUCAGCAGUUCUUGUGUGUGACUUCAGUGGCAGCGACCAGCCUGCUGUGUAGGAGAAAGCAACACACACAAAAAGCAGCCCUGAAUUGUUCAUUCUCUCUCCCUCCCCUUCACCCGACAACCAGUUCUACAAAAAGUAGAAUUCUGUGCCUUCUCAUUGAUUGCUAUUUCUUUCUGCUGGUAGGGGUCCGUAACUUCUAGCCGAAUAGGAUUUAUCUUUUAAACAUUCAGGUGUAAAUGGUAUUAAAAUGCUGCACUGGUUUGUUACUACGGUUUUAAAUUCCCUUUGGAGUUGGAUAACCUAUACAGAUGCAUAUAUAUAAGCAGGGUUUAACGUUGACUGAAAUAUUAACUUCCCUUCUUGAAAAAUAAUUAUGCGAAUGUGUGUUUCAUAAAUCUCUAUUUAGCUUCAUUGAUGAUUUCAUGUAGUGGCAUUAAGGAACUCGAAGACCAAGAUUGAAACCUUCAGUUGAGUUAAAAUUAUGUUGACAGUCUGAUAUGUCAUGCUUUCCUUUUUUUGUCCAAGGGCAGUUUGCUUAACUGAAUAAAACAUGUAAAAGGCUGCUCUUGAGGAAGUAUUAUGAGCAUCAUUUUUGUGGUGCAACUCAUGGAGAAAAAAGUACUGUUAAGAAAUAGAGUGCCACUUCUUUGUUAGGAGCAGAUUCUGCAGUGAAUCACCCUAUGAAAAGGUGAUUCUGCUACUUUUGAGCUCUUCUUCCUGUGUAGGUGUCAAUCAGGUGGGUAAUAAAGUGGGACUGAAAUUGUGCAAACCCAGCAUCCCUCUUACUGUUGGUGAACAAAACAGGCAGUUCUGUGAUCGUUGCUAACUCAGCCUGAAAUUCUGUAACUGAAAUGUUCACUCCCCUCCCUCACUUCUGCUUGGGUUAUUUGCCCUUGAUCUAACUAUUCUCAGGGUAAACAGUGGAGGAAAAUAAAUACUUUCUUGAUGACUAGAGAAUGCAGCUACUGACAGUUAGCUUUCACCAGUUUUACUGAAUGCCUUUUGAAUAUUUCUGGUGGUUAAAUCACUCCUGUUUUUGUUAGGCUGUGGUGCUCUCAGCCCCAGCAGUGCUGCAGACUAGACUUCGUAGGCCAAUAUCUGUUGACAUUCAUCUUAGUGUAGAAUUCAUGGGCCUUAAAACCUUGUAAAGCCUUGCUUUGCCUUGUUGAAAUGAAUAUUGGUGCUGCAGGGGCUGGUGGGAGGGGGAGGAGAUUUCACCUGGCUGAGUUUUUAUGUAGGGGAUGGGGGGGCCACAUGUGCCUUAAUGUGUGAAGGGAACCUGAGACUGUGUGGUACAGAAACAUACACUGGCAACUGAUUUUAUAGGUAAAAACAAAUUUGUAUGGCAACUAACAAAGUUAUUUUUAAAUUAUGCAGAAUUAAAUUGUAAUAAAACAA